CCAGUGUUCCUAGUAACAGAGGUGAAACGUGUUGGAGCUUGGGUCACCACGUGUUUAGUUGCCGCGCCAUCUCAUUCGAGUUAAGCAUAGUACUCGCGUUUGCCCGCAGCUGUACGUGCAGCAUACUUAAAAUGGAGCGCAUGUAGCAUCCAGAAAUCUGUUCAUUACCGGAAAAAUAACAGAACGGUGAAGUAACCAAGUAAGGUUCAAGUCACGUUCACAGCAGUCUACAAAAUGUCAACUGCUGCCUUGACAGAUGCCAUUUCCACUGUCACGUCUGCUAUUACAUCUGCAACGACUGGUUUCUCAACCGAACAAUUUCAAUCCGAUGUACUAUGGAUGAUAAUAGUUGGAUUUAUUAUCGCAUUUGUUCUCGCUUUUGCUGUUGGCGCAAAUGAUGUGGCCAACAGUUUUGGUACGACUGUUGGUUCAGGGACACUAACUCUAAAACAGGCAUGCAUCUUGGCCUCUAUUUUUGAAACUCUUGGUGCUAUUUUACUUGGUGCCAAAGUAGGUGCAACAAUCCGCAAGAAAAUCAUAGAUGUCAAUAUUUAUUCUGGACAACAAGCUCUGCUUAUGGCUGGUAACAUCAGUGCCAUGUUAGCGUCAGGAUUAUGGCAACUAAUUGCAACGUUCCUGAAACUACCAGUAUCUGGCACACACAGCAUAGUUGGUGCAAUCGUUGGUUUUUCACUUGUAGCACAUGGUGCUGAUGGAGUUAGCUGGGUUAUGAUGGGGAAAAUAGUUGCAUCAUGGUUCUUGUCACCCUUGUUAGCUGGUGGAAUGGCCGCUGCAUUUUAUGUUCUUUUAAGAGUUCUUAUUUUUCAGAAGGAUGAUCCUGUUUACCCUGGUUUGAUAGCCAUGCCAGUAUUAUACGGUUGCACUAUCGGCAUCAACUGUUUCUCAGUUUUCUUUUCUGGUGCUCCAUUGCUUGGAUUCAACUAUCUCUCAGUUGGAGCUGAUAUUGGAAUAGCCAUCGGCAUCAGUGUUGUUGUUGCAUUGGUCGUGCAGUUUGUGGUCGUAAAAAAGAUGCGUGCUUCUAUUGAAAGAAGCAGAAGUGAAAUUGUCAACCAAGCUGCAGUUUCUGAUCCUGACAACCAGCAAUUGUCAGCGGUGGGCAGCAAGAAACAUGUCAAACUUCCAACUGUGAUGGAAACCAUAUCAGAGAAAGAAUCUCCUGAAAGCAGCAAUGCUAAGUUGGCUGAAAACUGUAAAAAAGUAAACGCUAACUGCAGUAAAAUCACAGACGAAAAAAUGCCAAGAACAAAUGGAGAUGGCCAUUGUCACAAGCGAACUCGUAAUUCUUCUACAAGGGAUUAUUUUACUCCUAAAACUGUGGAGGAGGCAAAAAUGCUUCGACAAGCAUCUUCAAAACGUUCCAAAUCAACAGGACACGAUAUACAUCACUCUUCGGUGAGGCUUCCACCUUUGUUGCAGAUGGAAAAGCAAGUUUUAAAGACAAGUGUAGCACUUCCGAGUGUAAAGCAAAUCAAGGAUGAAAUUCGUCGGAAUUUUUCCGAACCAGCAAUGAUCACAAUCACAGAGAAAUCUGACGCUGAUGUGUAUGAGGUGUUUAUUAAUAGACAACGUAAUCUUGUCACUAUACAGAGGAAAAAUGAACAUCUACCUUCUUACAGUAGUGUUGACGCCAAAGGAGACGGUUCUCAUGAGUUGGAGAACUUGUUAUCAGCUUAUCCGCAAGAUAUGAAGUUCGAGGAAUGUUUUGAAGAAAGCGACGAUGAAGGAUUGGCAAUGAAGCCAACAGCACAGCUACAAGAGAAACACGGUUUACCGAAUAAAUACAGUGGAGCAAUCAUGGAAGGCUUCAGAAGAUUAUCCUCAUCUCAACAAAACAUUGUGGCAAUUAGGGUUGGAGAUGAUGUAGAAGAGAAAGAACAUGAAGAACUUACAAAGGAAGAAGAAUUGGAGGCAAAGGAGGGUCGUAUAGAAGUAAGAAAAAUAUUCAGUUUUCUUCAAAUUCUCACAGCUUGUUUUGGUGCCUUUGCUCACGGUGGUAAUGAUGUGAGUAAUGCAAUUGGGCCUCUGAUUGCCUUGUGGAUAAUCUACUCCGAUGGUUCAGUACAGCAGACAUCAGGCACACCACUGCUUAUCUUACUGUAUGGUGGCUUUGGUAUUUGCUGUGGUUUAUGGAUCUGGGGACGCAGGGUGAUCAAAACUAUGGGGCAGGACUUAACCAACUUAACUCCUUCAAGGGGUUUUGCUAUUGAACUGAUGAGCGCCAUCACUGUUCUUGUUGCUUCUAAUCUCAGCCUUCCCGUUUCUACAACGCAUUGCAAGGUUGGAGCUGUUGUAGCAGUAGGUUGGGUAAGAGGAAGAGAAGCUGUUGAUUGGAAAAUAUUUCGAAACAUCAUUUUUGCUUGGUUUGUAACACUGCCUAUCAGUGGUGGACUCUCUGCUUUGACGUUUGGUCUUAUACGUGCUAUCACUAAACUAUGAACUCUGUACUUUAUGUGGCUUGUCAUUUUUACUCUAUAUGUACCAAAGUACUGCUGUAUUGCUGCUGUAUUUUAUUGCGUCAAUUUUAGUUGGGAGUUGGCUUGUAACACUUGUUUUAUUUUCUGUGCUUCCUACGCCUCAUACAAGCAGUUCCAUAUGCUUUUAUUUCGAUUUUAUGAUUCAUAAUUGUGGAUUUUUAAGAUUCAUAAUUGCGGAUAAAUUCUAGAAGUGUACGUGUUGGCCUUCCAGCCAUUCCUUUGCAUAGGUAUGGUAGAUCGCUACCAUUGGUAGACAUCACACCAGCUAUAUCAAGAUGUGCCCAUUUUACCCCUUGGUCAACAAAAUGGUGCAAGAAAGCUGCUGCAGUGCAUGAACCACCUCCCCUGCCACCAGUACCAACAUUGUUGAUAUCCGCAAGCUGUGAUGGCUUCACCUGACUUGAAUAAUGCUUUAACAAAGGCAUUCUCCACAUUCGAUCACCCGUGCUUUGCCCUGCCUGUCACAACACAUCGUUUUUCAAUAAAUAAAAAAGAAAAAAUU